AUGGCCCCGGCAAGAGCAGAAAAAGUCGAUCUACUCGACCACACAAUCGACACGAUCUCUACCGUCAAGCUACGCCAGAUCUUCAAGUCAAUCUGCAAGACGUGCCCCGAGGCAAAGAAGCAUGCGGAAGAGCUACUCCUUGCAGACAAAAAAGAUGCAAAGACUGGCCCUAGUAUCAACGAGGAAGAAAAGGAGAACAAAGACGCGCCAGCCAAAGACGACGGCGUCAAACAACCCAUUCCGCGCUUUGCCUUUUGCGCAAACUGUGAAAAGGAGUUUGACGUUACAACAAACACAAGCACGAGCUGUCUAUACCACACCAUGGAGGACGAACCUGACGAUUGCCUCUAUGAAGAUAAUCCUACGAAUCCUCUUGAUCCAGACUCGAUGGAAGCCCGUGAAGAGUAUCCUGAGUUCUUUUGGUUCAAGUGUUGUGGACGGAAUCGCCACGAAGAUGAGCCUUGCACUGUUGGAUGGCAUAAGGAAAUGACAGAGGAGAAGCCGUACAAGAGAGCUCGGGCAAGCUAUGUUGUCUAG